AUGGCCAUCAUGGCGUCACUCUGCCCGCAGCUGCCGGGGGUGACGGGGCGGUACCGCGCAGCGCCCGCUACUGCCGCCAUCAGGUCACAGGUUGGGUGCCUGGUCUGGUCGCUUGGGUCGGUCCCAGUGGUCCGCGCUCGCCCUCGUUGGUGGCAGCAACCGGGACGACAUUCCAUCCUCGUCCGCCAUCCCCGAUCCAUCGUCCUCCUCUUCCCGACAUCGGAUAUUGUUUGUUUCCGCCGUGCUGCCCUUUGCAUCGACUCGAGCCAUCUCGUCCGCGCUCUCUCGUCCCCCCCGCCGCUCCUCCUCGCCCCUGCUUCUGCGACCUCGCGACCGGGCCACCAACAGGCAACUCGAGGCGACGUCCACCUCACCGACGCCAUCGCCCCGACAGCGUCCGACCCGGCGAAGCCAUCAUCCGUCGGGCCCCCCUGUCCCCGUCCAUCCACUGGCAGCCGGCACCGUCUCUGGCUCACCGCCGAAGCCGCCCCGGCAGGCCCUUCCUCGCAGGCGACACGAGGCCUCGGCGCUGCCGAAUGA